ACCCACAGCCUCAACAUGAAGACAUUACUGCUACUGUGCCUGUGCAUCUGCGCUGUCCUGGCAGAUGAUCCCAUUGAAUACGACGAUUAUGAUCUGGACCCAGCCAAACCAGCAGGAGGUGCAGCGAUUGACCCCAGAGGUCAUCGGCCGACCGUAGGUCGCGAGUCCUACUCCAGAGGUGGUGCCGCCCCGCCACCCAUCUCCGGCUCCCACCGUGGCCGUUACCGUGGGAGACCCACCACUCCCCCGCCCACCGCAGCUCCCCAGGAGGAAGAGAUCAUCGAUGCCGGCGGUUGUGAACACUUCUCCAAGAAAAUUGGCACGCUCUGUCCCACUGGCUGCGAGCUGAAGACCACCAUCCUGAAGCAAGAGCGCAACGUCAAGCCCACCGUGGCCGACUUGAAGAGGAGCGUGGAACAGCUGAACCGCGACACCAACACCGUCUCCAGAUACGUGGACGGCUUGUCCAACGAGCUGAGGGAGCGCCAGAAAGUCACUGACGGCAAUGGGCAGCUGGUGGGCCAGUACACGAGCGACCUGGAGGCCCAGCACGCCUUCAUCAAGGACGCCAUCAACAACAACUUCCCCAGCAACAUCCGCAUCAUGCAGGGCAUCCUGGACACCAUGCGCACCAAGAUCCAGCGGCUCCAGACCGCGCUGCAGACACAGAACCAGAAGUGCAAGGACCGCUGCACCGUCACCUGCCCCAUCCCUGUGGUGUCGGGCAAGGAGUGCGAGGACAUCUUCCGCAAGGGUGGCGAGGAGUCGCAGAUGUACCUCAUCCGGCCCGACCCCUUCUACAAGCCCUACAAGGUCUUCUGCGACCAGACCACCCUCUUUGGAGGCUGGGUCACCAUCCAAAGCCGCAUGGAUGGCAGCGUAGACUUCGGCCGUCGCUGGGACGACUACCGCAGAGGUUUUGGCAACAUUGCUUUUGACACUGGCAAGAAAUAUUGCAACAAACCAGGGGAGUACUGGCUGGGCAACGACCGCAUCAGCCAGCUGACGAAGAUGGGUCCGACCGAGGUUCUGUUCGAGAUGGAGGACUGGAGCGGCGCCAAGACCCAGGCCCGCUACACGGCGUUCACCAUCCAGAGCGAGGCCUCCAACUACAUCAUGUCCGUCGCCGGCUACUCCGGCACCGCGGGUGACACUCUGCUGACUGGCGCCAACGAGCUUUUCGGGGAAAACCGCACCAUGACCAUCCACAACGGCAUGAUGUUCAGCACAUACGACCGCGACAACGACAAGUGGACGCCGGGAGACCCAAGCAAGCAGUGCUCCAGGGAGGACGGCGGCGGCUGGUGGUACAAUCGCUGUCACUCGGCCAACCCCAACGGGCGUUACUACUGGGGGGGCUCGUACACCAAGUACAUGGCCAAGCACGGCACCGACGACGGCAUGGUGUGGAUGAACUGGAAGGGCUCGUGGUACUCCCUCAAGUCCAUGUGCAUGAAGAUCAGGCCCUACUUCGAGCAGUAGAGCGCCCACAGCGAAAUCAUUUUGCAGCGUUCAUUUAAAAACCUUACAGAGUUGAAAUCGACACUAACUCAUUAGAUCAGGCUCUCCUUCGAGCAGUAGCCUAGAAGCCCAGAAAUAUACAGUUAACACAGCGAGUUAUUUCACAGUGUUAUUUCAACACCUCAGACAAUCGAAUUUAGGCUACGAUUCAUAGUGUUCCUCCUACUCUGUAAGUGCUGAGUUAACACUGCAAAAAUGUGCUGUGUAUACACACACACACACACACCCUGCAUAGGGACGUCUAUGAAGAUGGUUUUGUGUCUAUGUUGAGGCAAAGCGAAGUGUGUGAAGAGACGAGACUAGCUACAAUGAACAUAAACAGACAUUUUACAUUCAUUAUUAAAGAGAAACAGACGCUGCGAUUACAGAUUAUGAUGCUAUUGGUGAGAAACGGAUAAGUUUAAUGGAAGAUGUUGUCAAAAAUACAUCAUAUUUUAGGAGACAAGGUUUCAGAGGCUAAAAAAGAUCAGAAAAAAAGUUUCAUUAUUUAUUGUUGAAAAGGGUGUUGAUUAUUGAUGACUUGUUUGAAACGGCUGAUCAUGUAAAACGACUUCCAUGAAGAGGAGAAAAACUCCUAAGAAAAUGUGUUGCCCAGGCAAAACACUGUUUUAAAGCCUGAUGUCUGAACGUGAAAUAAUGUGUGUGUAUGUGUGUGUGAGUGCUCAAUGUGGCAAGUCUAGACUGUCAUCUCAAUAAAGUCUCUCUUAAAGUA